CUCCUGGCAACAGCCCGGGCGAGUUCUCGAUCAACGUUCCAAAUAGAAUGCUGUACAGAAAAGGAGUGCAUGUUUCGCGUUGAGAAACAUGGGCCAGCCUUGUACAAGAAGAAACAACUACCUUCCAAGAAAGUGUACUGUUUCAUGUCUUCUAUAAAUGUGUAUCUACAACAACAAGACUGCCGACAAUUUUCAGAACGUGCGUAAAUUAAUUUAAGGUAAAAUACCAAGUGCUGUCAGCAGGCAAAAUAGUGCAAGAGUGUGCGACCAACAACAAACAAAUAACAGUGAACUACGAAAAGAUAGGACGACCAAGAAGAAGCAAAGGUUUGGGGUGGUGGUAGGCUAUGAGGAGAUGCAACAUUUUGUUACUCUUUCGACUUUUAGAAAAUUAAACAUUUUGUUUUGCGACGUUAAACGCAUCUGAUUAUUGCGUAAACCAUUGGGACUGUAUUCAUGUAUGCUGUUUCGAGAGACCGUCACUUUCCAUCAAAUAAACUGUGAAAUAACGAUUUAUUUAAUCAAGAAGGCACACAAAACGACUUGCCAAGUAGUUACGAACCAUGAUGAAAUUCCAUAAUUCGGACCUAUGGAUUGCUUGGUUGGUUUUAUUUUGCCUGGAAGUGAGCGUGAGGGCGUUGGAUGUCACAGUGACCCAGAGCAGCAUCCAGGUAGCCCGCGGCCAGGCGGCCAUCUUGCCCUGCUCCUUCUCCACCAGCGCUGCCCUCAACAACCUCAACAUUAUCUGGAUGGUCAUCCCGCUGUCCAAUGCCAAUCAGCCCGAACAGGUGAUCAUCUACCAAGGUGGACAAGUGUUCAGUCUAGCCAACCACUUAAACGGCCGGGUGGGUUUCGUGGCCACCAUGCCGAGUACAAGUGCCUCUAUCUUCAUCAACAACACCCAGCUGUCAGACACGGGGACCUACCAGUGCCUGGUCAACAACCUCCCCGACAGAGGGGGGCGCAAUAUCGGGGUCAUCGGCCUCACCGUGCUGGUGCCCCCGUCGGUGCCCUCAUGCCGUGUCCAGGGCACGCUGGACGUGGGCGCUGACAUCAUGCUGAUGUGCAGCAGCGAGGAGGGGAUCCCCACGCCCAGCUACUCCUGGGUGAAACUGGAGUCGCUGCCCAAGCUGCCCCACACCGCCAUGCAAGACCAGAUGCAAGGGACCGUAACACUAAGGAACAUCAGUACCAGUACCUCUGGUCUGUACCAGUGUACAGCCUCCAACGCCAUCGCCAAGAGCACCUGUCUACUCAACCUGCAGGUUGUGGCACCCCAGCCCCAGAGUGUGGGUCUCAUAGCUGGCACCAUUGCCACGGGCGUGUUGGCUGUCAUCAUCUGCUCUCUACUGGUGCUGGUGACACUCUUCUACUGGAAGAACAAGAACAAAUACGAGGAGGAGGAGAUACCCAACGAGAUCAGGGAGGACGACCUGCCCCCUAAGAGGUCGUCUUCAGUGAAAGCGUUUCACGCCGAUGCCUCAUCCUCUGAGAACGACACCCUGACGUCCACCAACACGUACAACAGCCGCUAUUGGCACAACCCCAAGCCCAACUACGACACCAACUCCUACACCCGCUACAACGGUGACACGCGCCAGACGUUCUCUACGGGGCAGGCGGGUCACACAGGUCAAACGGGGGGACAUGCAGCGCACACAGGACACGGGACGCUAGCUCCGCCAGGCUCUGCACCCCUGGCCCGCCAGGCCUACUCUAAUGGUAGCCACACACUCCCCCCGCCCAAGACUCUGGUGGUCACCACCAACUCUGCCCCGUCCCCUCCCACCAUGGUGCGCAGCAAUGGCUCGGUGAGCCUGAAGCCCGUGACGGUGGCAUCGCAUGGCGGGUACACACACUCGUACGCCGUAAGCCAGGCCACGCUGGAGCGCAUGGGCGCCGUGCCCGUCAUGGUGCCAGCCCAGAGCAGAGCAGGCUCUCUGGUCUAAAGUAAACUGUUACUGGGCUGAACCAGCCUGCCUCCCCACUUCUCUGAUUCUCCCUUUUUAACUCAUAAACAGGAUUUUACAAUACCGACUUCAUCUAAUGCCAACGUCUCCAAGUACAGGACCCCGAUUAAAAACAGCUCCAGGUGUUCUAUUCCUAUUGGUUGGUUUUGUAUCUCUUCUUGGGUGUGGUUGUCUCGCACUGGUUCCUUGGAUUAAAUGGCUGUAACCAAUGGGAUUAUCGCACAAAAAUUACACAUAAUCUUCGGACUUUUCAUGUGAUUGUGGCUGUGGGUUAUGGACUCAUCACGACAGUGAGCAUUAACCGUUUAAUGUCUGUUUUAACCACAUCUAGACACUCCGAAUCCUGCAAGUCCCCAGGGAGAGACAUCCGAUCGUGCAUGUAUAUUCUAUUGAAAACUAACAGCCAGAUUCUUGCUAUUAUUUCAUAUCACUCAGCUAAUUGCGGUGAUAAUAAUUGUUUUGUAUCUUUAAAAAUUGACAGAGAUGUUCUUUGAUUCACUGCAGUGGUCUUACAUGAACAGAACCAUGGCGGUGGGAAUGGCCUUAGAAGAGCAGAGAGUUACAGAAGGGAUUUCUGCUGAAGUACCAAAUAGCAGAGACACAGAAUGGCACAACACAGUAGGCCGGUCCCGUAAUUGGACAGAGGUUUUCGGAUUCUGUCCGUUAGUUCCAACUUCAACAUGUUCAUUUGUUGUUGUUUUUGUUUUUGCACAGCAGCACACUUUCAUCACCAACUCCUCUGAAGAAAUGUCUUAUUAUGGAACGGUCUUAAUGAAUGCGUCCCCUGACCUCUACAGUGUUACGAAUGGGAGAGAAAUACCGUAGCCGCUCUAGCGCAAACUUGUAAGGGUUCAGCAUUUAUCUUGAUUUGAUCCAGUAUUGAUAAUUAUGGUUUUACCUCAAGAUUCUAAUAUAUAUAAAAAUAUAAAAAUAAACUUUCCCUGAAACUUGAAUCUGCAGUUUGAGAUAUACUGACAGUGUCUAUGGAAGUAUGUGCUAUCGUAAACAUGCUGCCGAUUCGUGUUUUUUUUAAAACAAAAUCCAAAUCUCACAUCGGUGCUGCUUUGACAAUAAAACAUCUUAUUUCAUACAUCCUUUCUAAGAAAAAUGCUAUUUAAAGGGGAUUUCCCUUGAGAAUGCUAACAAUCACUGUUCUGUACCUACUGUCAAUGUUGCAACUACUGGUAGGCGUUUGAAAAUUGAAAAGAAAUACUUUUAUUCCCAAUGGAUGCAUAUUUUACAACUCGUGUGUCUUAACUCAAGGUCUUUUCAUUUCUGUCAACAGACACUGAACUGGGUUUUGUAGACGGUUGUCUUGCGUUUGUUAAGAAGGGACGUCUGUAGGAGCCCUCUGAGGGUGGAGCUGCAAGUUUGGGCGGUGCAAUUCAUACAAAAUGUAUCGCAGAAACCUGUAUACUAAAACGACUGUCUGCGUCUCUUGAUAGUAAUAAUAAUACUAUUAAUAAUGUAACCCUAGUGGAAACAAACGUAUACUCUACCAAUUGUUUUCCAGGGCAGUUGGAUUUUUUUUUACAGCUCCAAAAUCCCAGCUCUAAUUAUCCACAAUGAUAGUUGACAAUAAAGGGAAUACCACCUGUAUGAAAUAUCUAGGUUUGUUCCAGCAGUGUUGUAAAGUGUUGCUAUUGAGGUAAGAAUCAGAACGCUUCGGAGGGCCAUAUUUUUUGGGGGGACAGCUUUUAGACCUGAAAACGGACGAUUUUAUGUUUUAUGUGAAUUUUACAAUAUUAUCGAUCCUGCUCUUUGCAUCGAAAGUCCUAGUAAUAUUCAACUUGAUCUUUCACUUGAAAGACAAUAUUGAUAUUGUGUGAUAUUAAAUAAAAUAAAAUGUUACUGUUCAUUUUCGGGUAACCUUAAAAACACUUCACUCUUGAGAAAAAGCGCCUCCUGUAUUUGGUGUCAGGAUCUUUCUCCGUUCAGUCUACAUAGACUAUACUCAAUGAUAGCUGUGUUCUCUACAGUAUGAAUUUGGCCAUUCAGUGUGCUCAAAGCUGAGUGUUAUUGAAGUUCAUUGAAAUACGCUCCAGUAAGAAUCCAUUAGAUGCAUUCAAUUGAACCUCCUCAAGUAAAUCAACGAGGAUGGUGAGCGCAACUUUCCGUCCUGAAGCAAUAAACACCAACCAGGUGAACCACAUUAGGAGGACUUGUUGAUGUACAAGAUCUUUAUCAAACGGUUCCUUUUCUCUCACACUUUGCUCAUUGGCUGAGGUCCCUGCUCAUUGGCUUAUGUGUUAUGUCUCAUUCCAUCUGUCAGGGAACCAAGAUUAUAUUCAUCACUUAAUCAUUCAAAAGAUAUUGUUUGAUUUGAACUCAAAUUGGCUAUGACUAAAACACUGUUGGGUAUGAUCAGGUAAUACUCACAACUUUAGAGAGUAUUCUUUGCGUAUGUUUGGCGUUCGGGAGACUUGUUUCAACAUCAGAGUGCAUCCAUAUGAUUUAUGUGUGUACUCUUAUGUACAGGGCCUUCAGAAAGUAUUCAUACCCCUUGACUUAUUCCACAUGUUGUUGUGUUACAGCCUGAAUUUUUUGAAAAGGAAAUACAGAAAUAUCUCAUUUACAUACUGUAUGUAUUCACACCCCUGAGUUAAUACAUGUUAGAAUCACCUUUGGCAGUGAUGACAGCUGUCAGGCUUUCUGGGUAAGUCUCCAAGAGAUUUGCACACCUGGAUUGUACAAUACAUGAACAUUAUUAUUUUCAAAGUUCUUCAAGCUGGUUGUAGAUCAUUGCUAGACAGCCAUUUUCAAGUCUUUCCAUAGACUUGAAAGCAUACCACUGCAUACCAACCUGCAUACUACUGCUAGCUUGCUUCUGAAGCUAUGCAGAGUUGGUCCUGGUCAGUUCUUGGAUGGGAGGCCAGAUGCUGCUGGAAGUGGUGUUGGAGGGCCAGUAGGAUGCACUCUUUCCUCUGGUCUAAAGAAUAUAUCCCAAUGCCCCAGGGCAGUGAUUGGGUGCGCUUGUGUAGGGUGCUGUCUUUCGGAUGGGACAUUAAACAGGUGUCCUGACUCUCUGAGGUCAUUAAAGAUCCCAUGACUCUUAUCGUAAGAUUAAGGGUGUUAACCCUGGUGUCCUGGCUAAAUUCCCAAUCUGGCCCUCAAACCAUGUCACCUAAUAAUCCCCAGUUUAAAUUGGCUCAUUAAUCCCCCUCCUCUCCCCUGUAACUAUUCCCCAGGUUGUUUCUGCAAAUGAGAAUGUGUUCCCGGGCAAUUUACCUGGUAAAAUAACAGAUAAAUAAAAAGAUGUUCAAGCUGAUUUGCUGUCAGCUGUCAGAACUAUAACUUGGCCACUCAGGAACAUUCACUGUGUUCUUGGUAAACAACUCCAGUGUAGAUUUGGCCUUGUGUUUUAGGUUAUUGUCCUGCUGAAAGUUGAAUUAAUCUUCCAGUGUCUGGUGGAAAGCAGACUGAACCAGGGUUUCCUCUAGGAUUUUGCUUGUGCUUGGCUGAAAAACUCACUAACCCUUAAUGAUUGCAAACAUACCCAUAACAUGAUGCAGCCACCACUAUGCUUGAAAAUAUGGAGAGUAGUACUCAGUAAUGUGUUGUAUUAAAUGUGCUCCAAACAUAACACUUUGUAUUCAGGACAAAAAUGACAUUGCUUUGCCACAUUGCAGUGUUAAUUUAGUGCUUUGUUGCAAACAGGAUGCAUGUUUGGAGUAUUUGUAUUCUGUACAGGCUUCCUUCUUUUCACUCAGCCAAUUAGGGUAGUAUUGUGGAGUAACUAAAAUGUUGUUGAUCCACCCUCAGGUUUCUCCUAUCACACUAACUCUUAAAGUCACCAUUGGCCUCAUGGUGAAAUCCCUGAGAGUUUUCCUUCCUCUCUGGCAACUGAGUUAGGAAGGACACCUGUAUCUUUGAAGUGACUUGGGUGUAUUGAUCCACCACCCAAAGUGUAAUUAAUAACUCCACCAUGCUCAAAGGGAUAUUUAAUAUCUGCUUUGUUGUCACACAUUUACCAUUAGGUGCCCUUGUUUGCGAGGCAUUGGAAAACCUCCCUGGUCUUUGUGGUUGAAUCUGUGUUUAAAAUUCACUGCUCGACUGAUUGUAUGUGUGGGGUAAAGGGAUGAGGUAGCCAUUAAAAAAUCAUGCUAAACACUAUUAUUGCACACAGAGUGAAUCCAUGCAACUUAUUGUUGGUAUUGGUAUUUUAUUAGGAUCCCCAUUAGCUGUUGCAAAAUCAGCAGCUACUCUUCCUGGGGUCCACACAAAACAUGAAACAUUACAUAAUACAUAAUAUAUGUGAGCACAUUUUUACUCCUCAACUUAUUUAUGCUUGCCAUAACAAAGGGGUUGAAUAGUUAUUGACUCAAGACACUCCUAAUUUUCAGUUAAUUAAUUUGCGAACUUUUCUAAAAACACAAUUCCACUUCAUGGAGCAUUGUGUGUCGGCGAGUGACAAAAAAAAAAAUAUCAAAAUUGAAUACAUUUUAAAUUCAGGCUGUAACACAACAAAACAGGGGAAAAGUCAAGGGGUGUGAAUACUUUCUGAGAAGGCAGUGCGUAUGUUCACUAGCUUGUUGUGUCUGGUCAGACAGACAGACACAUCUGCUCGUUAUCUCUGAAAACGAUUUUUAAAGAGCCACAGGUUCAUGUCAGAUGAGGUAUGGGUAUCUGUUUCCUCGGUUAGACAUCUCUUGGGGCGAAUCCUAACUUCCACUUAAAUGUUUACUUAGUCAAGCAUUGAUGUCAAUGAGAGAAGAAGUCAAAAUUCAACUUAAAAGUUAGGAUUUGUCCCUUAAUGAACCUGGCCUGAAACACAACUACUUGAACUAAACCCAGACAAGUGAUGGUGGAUUGUCUGCUGUGGCCAAAAGUUCAUGUGUAUAUAGAUAUAUUGCCAAUAGUAAACAUUGUAAAUAUGUAAAAUAUAUAUUGUGUUUAAAAGUGGGAUUGAUAUGAAAUAUGACAUUAACACUGGAAGUUGUAAUUAAUAAAUAUUGUUAAUACAUUCUAACUGUAGUUGUGUUAAUUGACUUAGUCAUUUUAAGACUUAUUAUUAUAGGAAUACAGCUGAUCUUAUUGGUAGUAUACACCGAGUAUGCCAAACAUUGGGAGUGUAACAGUAUAGCUUCCGUCCCUCUCCCCACCCCUACCUGGGCUUGAACCAGGGACCCUCUGCACACAUCAACAGUCACCCUCGAAGCAUCGUUACCCAUCGCUCCACAAAAGCCACGGCUCUUGUGGAGCAAGAGCGAGUGACGUCACCGAUCGAAACGCUAUUAGCGCACACCACCGCUAACUAGCUAGCCAUUUCACAUCGGUUACAGAAGCACCUUCCCAUUUUGCCCUCAGAACAGCCUCAAUUCGGCAGGGUAUGGACUCGAAAAGGUGUCAAGUGUUCAAUAGGGAUGCUGGCCCAUGUUGACUUCAAAGCUUCCCAAAGUUGGGUCAAGUUGGUUGGAUGUCCAUGCCAUGAGACAAUUGAGACUGAAUUGAAUGGAUUGUGGAUGUCUGCCAUUCAGAGGGUGAAUGGGCAUGACAAAAGAUUUAAGUGCAUUUA